CAAAGUUCUGGAGAUUGCCAGAAAAAGUAAUUUGAAACUAAACAGAAAUCGCAGACGUCUUGUCAAGAUCUACCCAGGAAUUGAACGAGAAUGAGAAAGAAGAAUUUGACGAAUACGAAGUACACGUGCUCAGUAAUGGUGGAAUUUCAGAAAACAUUUAUCACAAACUUGUGAAAGAAACCAGCAAAGAUCCCGAAAUGCAAGAUCUAUACAAAGCUGUAAUGGAAGGUUGGUCCCAAAGAUGGAAGGUACGAAAUUUCACUUCUAAAUUUUGGAACUUUUGCGAUGAAAUAUCGUAUGCUGAUGGUAUUUUGUUCAAAGGCGAAAGCAUAAUCAUUCCUCAAUCAAUGAGAAAAAUAAUAAUGAAUAGAAUUCAUUAUGCACAUCUCGGAAUAGAGAAAUGUAAAGCAAGGGCACGAGGUUGUGUAUUUUGGCCUGGUAUAAAUUCUGAUAUCGCGAAAACUGUAUCCAACUGUACUACAUGUUUGAGAUACCAGAGAAAUAAUCGCAAACAACCAUUAAUUCCACACAAAGUCCCUAGCAGGCCAUGGGCUGUUGUUGGAGCAGACAUUUUUUACUUUGACGGCAAAGACUAUUUGCUUGUCGUUGAUUAUUAUUCGAAAUAUCCUGAAGUAGACAAACUUGUCGACAAAACUAGUUCAUCCGUAAUAAGAAGUAUGAAGAAUAUUUUUGCAAGACAUGGUAUUCCAGAAAAACUUGUUGCAGACAAUAUGCCUUUCAAUAGCAAGAAUUUUCAUCAAUUUUGUCGAAAUUGGGAAAUUAAUUUGGUCACAUCUAGUCCAAGAUAUCCUCGUUCUAAUGGUUUAGCAGAGCGAAAUGUUCAAACAAUGAAAAAUUUAUUAAAAAAGGCCAAAUUUUCUAAUCAAGAUUUUUUUCUUGCCGUUUUAGAGUUUCGAAAUACUCCUAUCACUGGAAUGAAUGAGUCUCCAGCAGAGCUUCUAAUGAGCAGAAAACUUAGAAGCAGAAUUCCAACAGGAAACAAUUCUCUGCAACCAAGAAUCUCCGCUGAUAUCAAGAAGUCUUUAUAUAGAAGACAACAAGACCAGAAGAGAUUCUACGAUCGAGCAACAUUACCAAGGAAAGCAAUAAAGCUCAAUGACUCAAUUCGAUUUCGAGAGGGAAAAGAGUGGCAUCCAGCUGUAGUCGUUUCCAAGCAUGAUGCACCGCGAUCAUUCAAUAUUCUAACUCCAGAUGGCAGAACGCUCAGGCGAAAUCAGUAUCAUUUGGUUACAACAAAAGAACAAUAUCCACCAUAUGUUGGUACUGAUAUAUGCCCUGAAGUCCAUAAACCUCCUAGCGAUUCAAAGACUGCAGAAGUAUCUCCAAGCCAGUUGCAUACUUCUCAUGAUGAAGCUAUAAAAAUUGAACAACCGCAAAUACGAAGAUCUACAAGAAUUCGACGUCCACCUGAAAGAUACUGUGAUCAAUAUUAGUAGACUGUUUCAUUUUGAUAUGCUCGUUUCGGAAAAAGGGGGAUGUCAUGUGUUGUGAUUUUAUAACGUGUCAAGUAGACAAUG